AUGAAUUGGAAUGAAUUAUCGUCAGGAUUAAAUUUCAAUACCAAUUCAUUAUCGGAAGAAAUGACUAAUGAGAUUGAUACAAAUGGAUAUGCUGUUGUUGCCCAUAACAUUCUUAAUUCGAUGAAUACAACAACGGAUCCAUGCAAUGACUUUUUCCAAUACGCUUGUGGACGAUGGAUUCAUGAACAUCCGAUACCGGAUGAUAAGUCUGGAUUCGGAACAUUUGUAAUAACCACGAACAUAGUCCGAAAUCAAAUGAAAGCAUUACUGGAAUCAAAUGAAACGGUAUCACCGGGAUGUAUUGGAAUGUCUCGUAUUCUUUAUAAAGCAUGUAUGAGUGUUGAUGAAUUUAACAUUAUAGAAACUAAGCAAUUGAUCGAAACGUUCCGUAAAAUUGGUAAAUGGCCAUUACUUGAAACAGAAUGGGAUAACUGUACGCCUAACAUUACGGAUAUGUUGGCAUCAGUAGCCCAACAUUUUGGUGACCCAAUCUUAUUCAAAGUUUUUAUUGAUGCUGAAUCAAAAAAUACCACAAUUCAUGGUUUAUAUGUGGAUCAAGCUAAUUUGGGUCUUGGAAGUGGCACUCAAGAUUAUUAUUUGAAUCUACUAAAAUUCCCGGAGCAUCUGAAGGCUUAUAAGGAAUAUCAAUUGGAUACCUUGAAAUUGGUAUUAAGUGGAGCUAAUAUUAGUUAUGAUAUAUUUCAGCUAAUGACCGAUAUUGAUGACGUGACAGCAUUUGAAAUAGAAAUUGCCAAGCUUAUUGAACCAGAAGCAAAUCGGCGCAACAGCUCGCGUUUAUACAAUAAAAGAAUUAUUGCCGAUCUGUACUCAUUGUUUCCACAGGUUGACUGGGUUAACUUUCUGAUCCGUCUAACACCAACUUCAAUACAUGAUCUAAUUGAUAAUAAUACGGAUAUUAUAGUUCAAGAAGAGAAAUUUAUGAAAAAUCUUUCAAAUCUACUGAACAUAACCAGCAAGCGCAUCAUUGCUAAUUAUAUUUUUUGGCGGACAAUUGAUGUUUGGAGCGAUAUUUUGGGACGGACAUUUGAUGACUUUCGAUUGAAAUUAAUGCGUGUAAUGAGUGGUCAACAAAAAAUGAUGCCACGUUGGCAAAGAUGUGUCCAAAGGUCAGAAGAUUUGUUAGCACAAGCAACCAGUGCUUUGUUUGUUCGGAAGCAUUUUAGUUCGGAUAUACGAAAGGAAGUGAUGGAAAUCUUGGAGAAUAUUCAGAAAGCAUUCCGAGAUAUUGUUGAAGAAAUAGACUGGAUGGACAGCAAUACCAAAAAGGCUGCUUUGCAGAAGGCUGCUGCAAUGAUCAACAAAAUUGGCUAUCAUGAUAUAACCAUGAAUGAUACAGCCUUGACUGAAUAUUAUAAAAAGUUAAAAAUAACACCAGAAGAUACCUAUUUUCAAGCUUUACGUAAAAUAGCAAUAUGGGAUGCGGAAAGAUACUUUUUACGUUUGAAAAAACCUUUCGACAAAUACGAAUUUGUGCAAAGCGCUUCAACUGUUAAUGCAUUUUUUACGUUUAAGAUGAAUUCACUGACUCUGCCAGCUGGUUUUCUCACACCGCCAUUUUUCAAUCGUUACUAUCCAAAAGCGGCAAAUUAUGGUGCGAUAGGUACAGUGAUGGGUCAUGAAAUAACUCAUGGUUUUGAUGAUAAUGGAAGUCUUUAUGAUAUGAACGGUAAUUUGAAUAAUUGGUGGAGUAAAGAAUCGUACAAAAAUUUUAGAAAUAAAGCGCAAUGUUUCGUUGAGCAGUAUGAAUCCUACAAAGUGCCAAACACAGAUUUCAAGGUAAAUGGAAAGCUCACAUUAGGCGAAAAUAUCGCUGACAACGGUGGCAUCAAACAAUCAUUUCGGGCAUAUAAAAAGUAUAUCGAACAAAUCGGUCAUCCGGAGCCUCGACUGCCGGGCAUGUCAAAUUUCACCCACGAUCAAAUAUUUUUCCUCUCUUUCGCACAGGUUUGGUGCAGUCAUCAAACAAAAGAAGCUCAAAUAAAGCAAGUGCUUACAAACGAGCACAGCCCAGCCAAGUAUCGUGUCAAUGGCCCACUUUCAAAUUUACCUGAAUUUAGCAAAGCUUUUAAUUGCCCACUUGGAAGUUUGUUAAAUCCUCAGAAGCGUUGUUCUGUUUGGUAA